UUGGAACUUGAUAGUGAGUGUUGCAACCGAGGACAGGCAAUUUAUACGUGCUACAUGAUUCAGCACUCUGCGGUCCCGCUCUGUGAGCUUAUGUGGCCUACCGCUUCGCGGCUGAGCCGUUGUUGCUCCUAGACAUUUCCACUUCAUGAUAACGGCACUUAACAGGGAAGCUCUAGUAGGGAAGAAAUUUUAUGAACUGACUUGCUGGAAAGGUGGCAUCCUAUGACAAUGCCACACUGAAAGUCACUGAGCUCUUCAGAACGGGCCAUUCUACUGCCAAUGUUUGUCUAUGGAGAUUGAAUUGCUGUGUGCUCGAUUUUAUACACCUGUCAGCAACACCUGGGGCUGAAAUUGCUGAAUCCAUUAACUUGAAGGGGUGUCCUCAUACUUUUAGUUUAUUUGUAAAUAGUGUAAAUAAAGCAUUAUUACUAUGCAAACUACCUCUUCUAUUACUUCAUCUACUUGUUACUUUUGACUUGACUCUUUUGAUUGUUAUUGAUGAUUAAUGUAAUGUUUUGUUGAGGAAGAUAGCACAUAAGCAUUUCGCUGCACCUUUAUACCUGCUGUAAACUGUGUAUGUGGUUUGAAAACUCUGUGGCAAGGUGCUGAGUAAUUGACUGUGGCCUUGUCCGCAGAUGUGGUGCUGAAGCGCUGACCACGGCGCUGUUCACAGUCAUGGUGCUGAAGAGUUGACUGCAGCGCUGUUAACGGUGGUGGUGUUGAAAAGCUGACUGUGGCGCUGUUCACGGAUGUGGUUGCUGAAUCAGCAUGAAUCUUUUUGCUUUCAGCGCUGACCUCGGUGCUGUCCACGGUGCUGAAUGUUUACUUAUGCGCCCAAAAAGGAAUACUGUUGGUAUUGCCUGUAGCUUCUCCUGGGCAGAUCAAUGCAGUCUGCUUGAUGUAUAGCCCACAAAAUGUUCACAAAUAUAAACCCAUACAGGGAGUGACCAACGGGUGUCGCAAACGCUCUGAUGAAAGCAUGAUUUGAUAAAUAUGUCAAUGCUCAGGAGAAGGGAUUCCGCAUUGAAUAAUUUAAUAAAAAAUGUUGGGAUAGAAACUGAGUGAUAUGGCUAGCAAAAAUAUAUUCCGUAGUUGACUGCUCUUAUUUUCUCCUUCUGGCUAGUUAAGAGGUGCACUUCUGUAAGCACAUAAAUAGGCUAAUUAUAGGACUUAGCCUAUUGGCUAACAUAUGGAUAUUUAUUGAUCAGUCCAUCGAUGGUGAAACAUGCGAUAACAGGCUAUCACUGUGCAGUAGAUGAACAUGCAUAGAGGCGCAUCAAUGUGAGAGUCCAUGCAGAGUAGUAGGUCAGGCUACAGUAAAUAGACUGAGUAGGAGUAGUCCUAGUACUCCAGCAAGCAGCAUAGGUUGGCUAUAGGGAGCAGUGUGCAGACGUCGCUCGCCGCAUGUGCACGCCUGUGUGUGCACGCAGACGAGGGAAAAAGCUGAUUUGAUAUAAAUAGCACAUGUUCAAAUUAGCUCGCUUAUUCCGGGCACGCACGUUUAAUGCUUCACUCUAUGGAUAAUAUGAGAAGGAGAAGAGGAAUGUGGCUAUAAUUAAUGAAUCGUCUGCUCGUUUUAGUGGGGAGAUUUUAAGCAAGCAAAACAAGAGACCUGUCUAGUAAUGGAGAACCAUGCAGCAGAGCUGCUACAACAGCAGCAGAGCUACGAGGACGUUCGGAAAAGCGGGUAUCUCCGUAAGCAGAAAUCUAUGCACCGGCGAUUUUUCGUUUUGAGGGAAGCCUCGGAAGAGGGCCCUGCCCGUCUAGAAUAUUAUGAGAACGAGAAGAAAUUCCGAAGCAAGUCACCUGUCCCGAAAAAAGCGCUGAAUCUGGAGACUUGCUUCAACAUCAACAAGCGGGCGGAUUCCAAGAACAAGCACAUGAUAGUGAUGUAUACCCGCGGGGAGAGCUUUGCCAUUGCAGCAGACAGUGAGGAUGUCCAGAAUGAAUGGUACCAGGCCAUGCUGGACCUUCAGUGGAAAUGUAAAAACCCAGAGGACUGUGGUAGUGGUGGAGAGUGUGGACUCCCCUCUCCUCCAGGCCCCACCUUCAAGGAGGUGUGGCAGGUCAAGGUGUGGCCUAAAGGGCUUGGCCAGGCCCGAAAUCUAGUGGGCAUCCACCGUCUGUGCCUGACCGACAAGACGGUCAACUUUGUCAAGCUCAACUCUGACGUGGCCGCCGUGGUCCUACAACUGAUGAACGUGCGUCGCUGCGGCCACUCAGAGAACUUCUUCUUCAUCGAGGUGGGCCGCUCGGCCAUGACGGGGCCUGGGGAGUUCUGGAUGCAGGUGGAGGACUCGGUGGUGGCCCAGAACAUGCAUGAGACCCUGCUGGAGGCCAUGAAGGCACUGAGUGAGGAGUUCCGCCAGCGCAGUAAGUCUCAGUCUGUGGGUGCUACAGGCGGCGGGGGCACCGCCUCCAACCCCAUCAGUGUCCCCACCCGCCGCCACCACCCCAAUCUGCCCCCCAGCCAGGUGGGCUUUGGCAGACGAGCCCGGACUGAGACCCCUGGAGCAGGUGGGGCCAACUGCACCAGCACUUCACCAACGCCACGCCAUGGGUUCCCCAGGGCACGCACAGCCAGCAUCGGGGGAAGGACGGAGGAGGGUGGAGGUGGAGCCAGAGGGGCAUGGGCAAGCUCCAGUCCCAGCCUGAACGGAUCUUGUUCCACUACACCCACCCUGAGACCUAAGCCCACCAGAGCUCCAACCCCAGCUAAGAUCACUCUCAGCCUGGCCCGCUACACCCCCAACCCAGCCACCUCCCCAGCCCCAAGCCUUUCCUCCAGCUCUGGUCAUGGCUCAGAGUGUGGACUAGUCGGAGGGGCAAUGGGAGGUGUAGCGAUCUGUUCUUACACCCGCGUCCCUCAGAGAGUAUCUGUGUCGGGUUCCCCUAGUGACUAUGGCUCCUCAGACGAGUAUGGCUCCAGCCCUGGAGAGCACUCCCUACUGGUCCCCAGUCUACCUGGAGGGUCCAAUGGUGGAAUGGGACACCAUGCUCAUGUAGAGGGCUCUUCCAGCUACAUAGUGAUGGGCCAGAGAGAGAGCCUCCCUGGGUCCCAUCAGCGUCCUCAGGGCCGCAGGAUGCUGCGGCGCUCCUCCAGCAGGGAGUGUGAGGCAGAGCGCAGACUCCUCAGCAAGAGGGCCUCCCUGCCCCUGACUGCCCACGAAUGCCUGGCCCCUCGUAGGAAGGAGGAAGAGGAGGAUACGAACCAAGAGUACGCCGUCAUGUCACGGAGUGUUAGCAGGGACGCCUUUGUGUCACGGCGGCGCGGAUCAGGAGGCUUCGCAGCAGGGGGCUUGGAAGCAGGGUCCGUCGUUGGGGAGACCCAGGUGAGGGUUGAUGUGGUCCGAGGAGAGGCGGGAGGAGGAGGAGGGGGACCAGUGGACAGUGGCUACAUGUCCAUGUUACCUGGAGUGACGGCUCCUCCUUUUUCCCUCUCCCUGUCUGUGGCCGUGUCUGACGUCAGCGCCAAGCCUGGGGCUGAUGAUGAGUACAUGGCCAUGACCCCCAACAGCAGCGUGUCCCCCCCCCAACACAUCAGUCUGCCUGUCUCAGAGGGCUACAUGGUCAUGUCCCCCAACAGCAGCUGCUCCCCAGACAUGCAUGGAAUGGCCAUAUGGGGGAGCCGGGGCAGCAUGGAGAGCCGGGCUGGCAGUGACUACAUGAACAUGUCUCCUAUCAGUAUCCGCUCGGCUUGCAGCACACCCCCCUCGCAACCUGAACAGAACCCGCUACAACACAAGAUGGUCUACUCCUACUUCUCUCUGCCACGAUCCUACAAACACACGCUCUCCACACGCUUUGAGGAUGACUUGGAUCAAGGGAAAAGGAAGGAGGGGGGUCAUAGUGACCAAGACAGUGCUGGAAAUCGGGGUGGACAAGUGGGCUACAGCAAGAGGGACACAGCCACAGUUGGCCCUGCAGGAGGCUGUCAACUCUCCCUCUCCUCUUCCUCCUUCUCUUCCAGCUCAGCUAGCAGUGAGAGCCUGGAGGAUCGGCCCAUGUCAGUGGCAGCUGGGGGAGGGCUACGACUAACAAGAACAGGGCCAGGGUUCAGGAACGGGGGAGCACGCUCUAAGGAUGGAUCCUAUCAGCAGAAACGUGUAUCGCAUGGCCCAGGGGGCCAGCAGAGGAAGCCUCGUCCCCUCAGUGUGUCUGUGGACAUGUCUAAAGCUAACACCUUGCCCAGGGUUAAGGAGAACCUCUUCCCCACAGAGCCUCAGAGCCCUGGGGAGUAUGUCAGCAUAGUGUUCAGGGGUGGUGACGUGGGGGGUAGGAGAGGGGGCCAGUGGGGGCCAGAGCACGGACUGUCAGUGACCCAUGGAACCCAGAGGCCCCGUCACCGUCCAGCCCUCUGCCACGGUGGCUCCACCAACCUCCCCCGCAGCUUCUCUGCACCGCUGGCCACCUCCGCUGCCUUGGCUGCCUCUACUGAGUACGUCAACAUGGAUUUGGGGUUGGGAAACUCCCCUUGCCCAUCCACUGGGACCCCUGUUAAAUCACCUUUUUGCCCGCCCCCAGCUAUUGGCCCCAAGCCCCCAGUUUUGGCCCGUAAUAGGCCCUCUGCUAGGGCAGCAGAGGGCAUUGUAGGUGGGCAUAGGGCUGCAGUGCCAACAGACUUACCCACUUCAUAUACAAACUACACAGAGAUGGCCUUCAGCAUAGUUUCAGAGCCUAACCCUGCAGCGCCCGCCAUGCAUGCUGCCCAAGCUUCAUCAAUGGAGCAGGAAUCAGGCUUGGACUUCCCCUCAGCAAGGUCCUACUCAUCUCCUGACCAGAACCAGAGCAGCAGGCUGGCCAGAGACAGGGUUGGCAGGGGCGACCAACUGGGACGGAGACGCCACCGCUCUGAGACAUUCAUCAUUACUCCUCCCCCUCUCCCCCUCCAGCUGUCCUCCUCAGGCUCCUUGUUCUUGGAUAGUGCCCAAGCAGCAGCACCUCAUCGACAAGGAGGACUAGAGAGGGGUUCACCAUGGGAGAAUGCCCAGUCAGAUGCAGUCGCAUCCCAGGCUUCGUCCUCUGGGUCUGCUAAACAAGGCCUUAACUACAUUGAUCUGGACCUGGCCUUUAAUAAGGACAGCUCUCAGAAUGAACUGGAGGGGGGAGCCACUGCCCCCCAUAACAUCUUCGCUCCAGUCCACAAUGGGGCUGGUGGGGGAGUCAUGAUGGGAGACAUUACUGGUUUGGGGAACAACCCUGGCUACGCCAGUAUUGAUUUCUUCAAAUCAGAGGAGCGGAGGGCACUUCACCAGAGCAGCAGGAAAGAUGGAAAAGAAUGUUAAUGAUCCAUCUUCAUCUGGACAUGGCUCCUGGCGUUGAGCAGCACUGUCCUAACUAACCAUGGUGGGAUUGGUUGACCUUUCUCACUGGAAGAGGAGUAAGAGAGGUGAAGGCAAACCCAUCAAAUCAUCAUUAACUCUUUGUCAUCCUGUCCAGUUGUUGCUAUCCAAUACUAAUGUGUGCCAAAAGACUACUGGUCCAAACCAACACAACAGGGUUCGCUGAGGUAGAAGAAUAUAGCCAAUCAAGAUUACAUUUGUUUGUUUUUUUCCUUAACAUAAUCUUAUGGAAAUUGUUAUACAAAUGUGAAAUGGUAGAAAGGUACAUACUAAAAAGUAUAUAGUAUACAUAUGUUGAUGAAAGCUACAUAAAUAAAUACAUCUAUAUAUAUA